AUGCAUGGAGAGCCUUUCAACAUGCACAAGAAAAAGAUACGGGGAGAGAGGUACCCCUUAUCUCAGACCUCUAGAUGCCCAAAACCUCCCUCUAGGCACUCCAUUAAGAAGCACCUCAAAGUUGGCCAACUCGAUACAUUUCAUGACAAGAAAAUCCAACAAUGGUUGAAAUCCAAGGUGAUCUUGGCGGUGGCUGCCAUUUCAGCCAUUGUAAUACCUUGUGUUUUGGCAAAGGAUUAUGUAGUUGGUGAUGAUAAGGGUUGGACCAUCAACUUUGACUACGAUGCUUGGGCUCAGGGGAAGCUCUUCUUCGUUGGGGAUUCACUCAUAUUCAACUACGGGCCAGAGCAAGGUAGGCACAGUAACGGCACAGCCUUCAAAGAGUGCGCACCGCCGGCCGGCGUUAAGCCGUUGACGACCAAUGACCGAAUUCUGUUGAAAACAGCGGGAAGAAAAUGGUAUAUCUGCGGCGUCAGCCUCCACUGUACUGCCGGACAGAGGCUCGCCAUUACGGUAUUGGAGCAGGGAGCAGGUGUUCCUUCUCCGUCUCCGUCGCCUCUUCCGACACCGCCGGCUCCACUUCCAACCAACUCAACCAAUGCACCGCCACCAGCACCAUCGGCCGCUACAAAAGCAGCUGUUUCCGGCAUCGUCAUGGCGUUUACUGUUCUGGCUGGGAUAUUAUAUAUGAUCAAGGCUUGAAAAAAUUGUGU